AUGCUAUAUCUUGACCAACCAGUUCAAGUCGGAUUAUCGUACGACACGCUUCAGAACAUCACCAUCGACCUGAUAAGCGGCGAUUUCACUCUCCUCAACGAGACGGACACUGUACCAGAACAGAAUCUCACCUUCAAAGUUGGUACAUACCCCAGCCAAGAACCGAACUCAACUUCCUCCGGAAACCUUAAUGGUGCCCGAGCGCUAUGGCACUUUGCGCAGACAUGGUUUCAGGAAUUCCCCGGCUACACCCUAAUGACAGCCGUAUCAAUCGAGAAUGGUACAUGGACGGACGAGGAUGGCGAAGAAUUCAUCUUGCAUCUCGAUAUUCUCCUGGUCAUCAAUGGCUGCAUCGAUCGACAAGUUCAGUGGCCAUCCUACUCUCACAUUGCAUUCAACACAUACGGAAUCAAGACUGUGAAUAAGGCCAUCUACCAGCAGAUGAACGACGCCUACUACGGUGAAGGGGGCUGUCGAGAUCGAAUCAACAAGUGCCGGGCUCUAUCAUUGGAAUUUGACCCUGACCAACGCGGAGUGGACACCUCGGUGAACAAGAUCUGCCAGGAUGCGGAAACAUUCUGGACAAACCGAGUCCGCGACCCAUAUCUCGACCACUCCGGCGGGAAUUACUAUGACUUCGCCGCAUUUGAUCCAGAUCCAUUCCCGGCACCGUGGUACGUUGGAUGGCUCAACCAGCACCAGGUUCAGCGGGCAUUAGGCGUGCCUUUAAACUUCACACAAUCCUCGUCCCUGGCGUCUACCGCAUUCCGCAGCAUCGGCGACUACCCACGAACCGGAUGGCUGGAGGAUCUGACCCAUCUCCUCGACAACGGAAUUAAAGUUGCGCUGGUCUACGGCGACCGUGAUUUCGCCUGCAACUGGAUUGGCGGCGAAGCGGUAUCUCUCGCCAUCAACCACACGCACACUCAAGACUUCCACGAGGCAAGCUACCAGCCCAUCCACGCCAACGAAAGCUACGUAGGCGGCCAGGUGAGGCAAUACGGCAAUCUCAGUUUCAGCCGCGUGUACGAAUCCGGCCACGAGGUACCAUCGUAUCAGCCCGAAACAGCCUAUAAAAUCUUUCAUCGAGCUCUGUUCAACCUAGACAUCUCGACCGGUGAGGUUGACACCGCUGCCAAUGGGAGUUACAGCACCACCGGACUGGCUGAUACGUGGGCGUUCAAGAAUGAGGAUCCGCCGGAGCUGCUGUGGGUCUGCUACUCGUAUGAUCCUACGGCGACGUGCACGGAGGAUCAGAUGGAGGCUUUGUUGAAUGGCUCGGCGGUUGCUGCAGAUUGGAUUCUGGAGAAUGAAAACAGCACGAAUUUGUACCCGAGCAUUUUCACUUAA